AUGGUAGACGAGAUUAAGAAGGCCCACCAGGAAGACGCGGAUAACCCAGAUGCUCCGCAGUACGACAUCAAGGUCGUUAUCUACGCCGACGACCUGUGCGUCGGAGUCAAGAGCGACAGCAUCGAUGGACUGGUGUACGGCAUUACGAGGGCAAGGCAGGCUGCGAAGGCAUGGUCAGAAAGGGAAGGCUUCAGCCUGGCGGAGGCCAAGGAAGAGCUCUGGGUGGGCGGAGGGGACCUCACGAGAUCCCUUAUCGGCGACCGAUUGCCUGAACUGCGAGGAAAGAUGAAGGAGGAGGUUAAAUGGCUAGGACUGACCAUGAAGAGCUCGCCGAAAGGGGGAAUCUGCUUCAGGAGGCAGGCCGAAAGGUCACUGGAAGAAGCUG